GUUCGUCGGUGGAGUAUUCGGAUGACCAGUGGGAUCACUGGGAAGGGGGUGCCGAAGCUUCGGAGUCGGAUGGUGGUGCAUGGAGGUCAUGGCGUGACGAUGACCAGGGCAGUGAACGACAGGUGGAUGCAAGCGGUGAAGAUGAGGGUCAAGGUCGGUUACCAUCCGGCAAGGUGACGUCCGUGCACGAGCGGGCUGACAAGGACGACCA